CAUGGGUAGCGUGAAUGCUUCUUCCUCAUCCCAAAAGAAAGGAUAUAAAAAGGGCUCUACUUAUGCCAAGUUUUGAACUAGGAUUGCUAGGAAAGGGAAGGAAAUUGAAUAUGUCGACCCUCAUGCAAGAAUGGUUAAAGGGUUAGGCUUAGGAGCAACGACGUGGCAGUGGAGGAGAUACUCAGGGACCGGAUGGCCGCCAUCGAAAGCGGCCACUUCAAAGGCCGCCGCCGGCUUUUUGCACAAGACACGUGUAGCGGCGGCGAUGAUGAUGAUGAUGAUGACGAUGACGAUCUUGAUGAUUUGGGUCGGCAAAGUGCAGCGAACUCGGUAGUGCUGUCUUCUUAUUAUAAUGAUGAUGAGAUGAACGGCGGUGCUGGUUGUGGGAGCAAAGAAGAGGUGCCUUCUUGUUAUUGCUGCUGCUGCUGCUCAGCUUCUUCUUUGUUAGGUCAGAAGAAAAGCGGUGGUGCCGCGGAAGGUGUAAGGAGGCUGCUUCUCAUGGCAUGGCUUUUGGUUGCUUUCAUGGUAUCUGCACUGGGAAUCAUCUUCAUGAUAUGCAAACCAUGCAGUGAUGGAGAAGAACAUGGAGAGGAUGUGGUAAUUCUUAUCCCAACAUGA